CCUGCUAAAAAAAAUGAAGGCUUCCCAUCUUUUUAAACUAAUGGAGUGUGACUCUUGUUUCUGAUUAAAACUCCCAAAAUAAUAACUUUAUGGGAACCCUCUUGUUUUCUCUAUUACCCCCUUUUUGUGUCUUGAUAUGAAGCCAGUUAGCAAUAUCGUCAAACAGUUUGACAACCUGGUCUAUCUUGAUGACUAUGUUGACACAAUUGAGGCAGUUCCACUUGAUUUACAAAGAAACUUUACUCUCAUGAGAGAGCUUGAUGGUUAUGCACAAGAUUUAAUGGAGAAUGUCUCCAAAGAAGCCAUUACCCUGAUUGACAAUAUCAAACAUAUGGACCCCAAUGCACGUCUUGAUAAAUUAAAAAACCUCACCAAUAUACUAACAGAAACCCUAAAACGAGGUGAAGAAAAGGUUGCCUUAGCUAAAUCAACUUUCGACGCAGUUGAUCGUCAUUGCAAUCGACUUGACGCCGAUUUAGUCAAGUUUGAGGAAGACCAGACUAUCGGCGAUAGUAGAAUUACAACUUUACCAGGAUUACAGCCCUCUGCUCGUAGCUUAAAAGACGGUGCAGACGUAAGGGAACGAGUUACAAAGCGAUUAGAAAGGAAGGAAGUUAAGGGUGAACGAAAAACAGUCAAUAAAAAGAGAAAGACAAAGGAAAUUAAUGGAACUCCUCCACCAGCUGCUGUACGUACGCAGGCACUAAAGGAGACUAAAUCAUUGAAAAGCUUAGAAAAAGAAAAAACAAAGAAUGCAUAUAACUCAAAUAGAAAUGGAAACGGUACUGGGAAGCCAAAGCACAUUGUUAUUCCUGAUAUGCCGAUUGAUCCAAAUGAACCUCUUUAUUGCUAUUGUCAACAAAUAUCCUACGGAGAAAUGGUUGCCUGUGAUAACACAGAUUGUGAAAUUGAAUGGUUCCAUUUGGCUUGUGUCGAUCUUAAAACUGUGCCAAAAGGUAAAUGGUAUUGCAGUAAUUGUAUUUUAAAAAUGAAGGGGCGACAGAGGAAAUAAUUUGAACUUCCCCCUUUGUCAUACUGUGUUCGCACUUUAAAUUCAACCAACCCAAAUGUAAAAUAAUAAAAAAGUAUUCAGACGCUGAAGAUACUAAACUAGA